GGAAAAUAUUCAUUCAUAAGUCUCAUCUCUCUCUCUCUCGAGAAAGAUAAUCGCCUUACUAGUUAGUCAAAGGAGAGGCAGUGAUAACAGUAAUUUAACGGUGGCCGAUGGAAGCGUCGAGAAUUAAAAGGACAAGUGGACGAUGAAUAGUGGCAUCGCAUGGCGGAGGCGAGACCAUUUCCCUUCCACUUGUGCAUUCGACACGAUCGACGAUCGCGUUGUGGCUCAGGGUGAAGGUCGGGGUGAGGCUCACAAAAUGCGAGUGUCGAUUCCAUGUUUCCAGCAGCAAGUUGAGCUCGGUGCGAUGGAAGCUGUGUCGAUCGACGUCACCAAGUGUCGGAUAGUCGGAUGUGUCACUCCAAAAGAGUUUGCAUGUCCCGGCGCAUACGAUCGCUCGGGGAUCCAGCAUCAUCCGAUUGUAGCGUUCGUUGCAAGCAUGUCCCCGAUGGAACUGUUCCCGCCAAAUGCUCGCAUUCGUCAAGAGCGACACAAGUCACUGUCAGACACUGGCCCUGAUGUUCCUCGUGUUUCGUGUAUCUGGCAUGUAGAUCGAUCGAUGACUGUUCGGUAUACGAACCUUACUCCGUGGCAUAUUCAGGUUGUCUGAAGGGAGCAGUCGGAUCCACUUCUCCUCCCGUGAAAGUGAGAACUUGAGAAAUCGAUCCAGAGUCCAGACCCGAGUAGGUCUAAUUUGAUCAUGAUCUGGCAAUUUAUGUCCUAGUCCAGAAGGAUCUCAGCGUGCUCUAGACAGUUGACCGCUAUCAAACGAGAUGUUGGCAGACAUUACUGUCUGCUGAGACAUUGAACUUUGACCUCUUAUGAAAGGUCCGUUGUACGCGGAACAAUAUGUGCACGCAGAGUCGAGGAGAUAUAUUUCUCGUUACCUUGAACCCUGCGACCUCCCAUGUGCUGACUUAAUAUGGGAAUGCAGGAAGUGUAACAGCGAAGAAUGCGAGCGAAUUCGCUCAAUUGCAUGACUCUUUCACCUACACUGGUUGCUGAUUGAUUGACUGAUUGAUUGUUGGCCUGACAUUUCGUAAGUGUCGUCUUCGUUACACGUUGAUGCUCUUAUUAGAAAGAGAACAUACUGCGACUGCCUUUACAUAGUCAGACAUUGCAGUUAUUAAUAUUAUUAGACAGUGCCAGGGAGACUCCAUGUUAUCCAGUAAAGACCAUCGCAUCAGGUCCCAAGACAUGACAGAGAGAGGCUCAACGAUCGGAGGCAAUGGGCAGAAUACGCAUCUACGCCACUAGCAAAAGGGACGUAUCAUUGGUUUGUCUCCAACCCAUGGGCAGAGUUCACCAGUGUAAAAUACUGGCGGAAUCUGAUUUUU